ACGAGAGUCGAUUGUGUUCAGCCAAUUAGCGCCGCGUUUAUGUCUUUGACACUUCGCGUUUAAUUGUCAACAAAAAACCAUGGUUUAUAAAGAAACUGCUGAUUAACCAUGCGAUUAAUUGGAAUAUGGUCACGGGGUUUUUGCAAGGGAAAGAAUUAAAAAGAACGAACUUGUAUGUCUCUACAAAGGAGAAUUGGUGUCGAAAGACGAAGGCGAACAACGACUGGAGAAACAAAACAAUGGCUCCUUCAUGUUUUUCUUCAAUUUUGAUGGAAAGCCCCUUUGCAUUGAUGGAACAUAUUCAGGGGGUGUGGGAAGAAUGAUCAACGACGAGCACAGGCAUCCGAACUGUAAGGUUAAAGUUUCACGCACAGAAAACGGAAAUCCUCAGCUAGCUGUAAUUGCGAUUGCGGACAUUGAUCCGGGACAUGAAAUAAGAUAUGAUUAUGGAGAUCGAUCUGUUUCAUGGAGAAAGAAUUUCUUCAUGUCAGACCCGACAUUGUUUGUAUGUCAAGAAAUGGAACAGAAUUUGCUUGAUUGGAAAGAUUUAGAAGAUUUACUUGAAGUGUUUGGAUUGGGAAGUAAAUCUAGUACAUCAAAUAGCCAAUGUACACAGGAACUUGCAGAAGCUGGAACUACAAAUGGUAGUGACUAUUAA